AUGAAGUCCAAGAACCAGACUUCCAUGAUCAACCUUAAGCUUAUGGUCCUCUCCUUUUUCUUUCUCUUAGUUCUCUAUGUAAUUCUAAGAUCGAAUUAUUCAUCUUUUCAGCCAAUCAGAAGAUCAUCAUAUCCGUCUUUCUUAUCGAUUUGCAACAAAAUUCCUCCUUCUCUAGCCACAUCCCUUGUUCACUAUGCAACUUCAGACGUGAUACCCCAACAAGACUUGCACGAAGUUUCGAGAACGUUGAGAGUCCUUGAAAAGAAGUCACCGUGCAAUUUCUUAGUUUUCGGGCUUGGCUUUGACAGUCUCUUGUGGGCAUCACUCAAUCACAUGGGGCGAACCGUGUUUCUUGAGGAUAACAAGAAUUGGACAAAAAUGGUCAAAAAACAAAUGCCUUCACUGGAAGUUUACCAUGUUUCCUAUAAGACAGAUAUCAAACAGGCUGAUGAGUUGUUAUAUAAAGGAAAUUCAGAAGAAUGUAAAGUUGUGGGUGAUCCAAGAUCUUCGAAAUGUCCACUUGCUAUAAAGAAUUUUCCAAGUAUAGUGUAUGAAACAGAAUGGGACGUAAUUAUGGUGGAUGCGCCGGUAGGAAGCUAUAAUCGAGGACCGGGGAGGAUGAAUACCAUAUACACAGUAGGGUUAUUGGCCAAGAAUAAAGAAGAUGGAGAGACAGAUGUAUUUGUGCACGAUAUAGAAAGGAAAGUGGAGAACUCCUUCUCAAGAUUUUUUCUCUGUGAUGCUUACAUUACCGAGGAAGUUGGGAGAUUGAGACAUUUUAACAUUCCUAGUCACCGUACUAUUGCUUCUUCUCAUACACCUUUCUGUCCAUAG